UGUUGAGAACUGUUUCCUGCGUGGCUCGCCCCCGCCCCCUAUUCUUCCCUGGGAAAGUAUAGAUUUUCACGAACACAGGGAGUUCUGUUUUCUCUGUUAAAAACAACUCUCCUUUACUGGAGCAGGCUUUGUGUUUCGCCCCAGGAAACAGAGCGUUGCACUGGGAGGUAACUCCGCUGGGUGAGGUGCAGCCUGUCACCUGACCGGUCUCUGGGGCUGCCGGUGCCAUCAGGCUGCAUUCCUUGAAUUCUUCCACCCGGCGCCCGCUCCGCAAUGAACAACUUCAGGUUCACUGAGCUGAGCGGAUUCCACUGGCUGUGGCCUCGGAGCCUGCCUGAAUCUCCCGCCCAGUCUCAAAUCUUGCAGCUGAGUAACUGCAAGGGCGCCUUUGAGGAGUAGCACGCAGAGAGUGUCAAUGAAGACCUCAAGUCUGGAGAAAAAUGACCUUUCAUGGAAUACAAAAUAUACCUCCUGCUACGUGUUUUUGUCUUACUGACCUCUGAUAACUGAAACACAUGGCUCUGAGUCUGUAGAAAGUCAACUGAUCAAACUCCUCCUCACCAUGCAUCAACUGUUCAGACUGGUUUUGGGACAAAAAGAUCUCUCGCGAGCUGGGGACCUCUUCUCCUUAGAUGACUCUGAGAUUGAAGACAGCCUGACAGAAGCUUUGGAGCAAAUUAAGAUAAUUAGCUCAUCUUCAGAUUACCAAACCAAUAACAAUGACCAGGCAGUAGUUGAAAUCUGUAUCACGAGAAUCACAACAGCCAUCAGAGAGACUGAGUCCAUUGAAAAGCAUGCAAAGGCCCUUGUGGGGCUCUGGGACUCCUGCUUGGAACAUAACCUGAGACCCUUUGGGAAAGAUGAAGAUACUCCUCAUGCAAAAAUUGCAUCUGAUAUCAUGAGUUGCAUUUUACAGAAUUACAACAGACCCCCCGUGAUGGCAUUAGCCAUCCCCAUUGCAGUGAAAUUCCUCCACAGAGGCAACAAAGAACUGUGCAGGAAUAUGUCUAACUACCUGUCUCUGGCCGCAAUUACCAAGGCAGAUCUCCUGGCUGAUCACACGGAAGUUAUAGUAAAGAGCAUACUCCAAGGUAACACCAUGUUGUUGAGAGUGUUACCUGCUGUGUAUGAAAAGCAGCCUCAGCCAAUUAAUAGACACCUGACAGAACUCUUGGCCUUAAUGUCUCAUUUGGAACAGCCAGAACAGUACCAUCUACUACAGCUUCUGCAUGUAGCAGCAAAGAAAGAACAACUGGAGGUAGUUCAGAAGUGUAUUCCUUUCCUAAUUGGGCAUUUGAAGGAUUCAACCCAUACUGACAUCAUCCUAAACAUCCUCAUAGAGAUAGCAAGCUAUGAGCCAGUGACUUUGAACAGUUUUCUUCCAAUGCUGAAGGAGAUUGGUGAGAGAUUCCCCUACCUCAUUGGACAGAUGGCAAGGAUUUAUGGAGCUGUUGGGCAUGUGGAUGAAGAGAGAGCCAGGAGCUGCCUGACAUACCUGGUGAGUCAGCUGGCCAACAUGGAGCAUUCAUUUCACCAUAUUCUCCUGCUGGAGAUUAAAAGCAUCACCGACACCUUCUCGUCAAUCUUGGGCCCUCAGAGCAGAGACAUCUUCCGGAUGAGCAACAGCUUCACUGCCAUUGCUAAACUCCUUACCCGACAACUGGAAAAUGCCAAAGCUGGAAGUAACAGGAGAAAAAUCAGCACUGAAAUUGAAUUCCCUGAGAAACUGGAAGAAACCAAGCUCAUGGUAGCCGAAAAUGAAGACCAUGAAAAACUCCAAGUUAAAAUCCAGGCUUUUGAAAACAAGAUAAAUGCAGAGAGCAAUGUCCCUAGCUCUAUCAGAAGAUAUAGUUUGGGCCAAAUUUCUAAAGAAGAAAGAAAAAACAUUAGAUUUAACAGGUCAAAAAGUUUGGCUUUGCACACUAUGCUCACAAAGGGUGUGAGUACAGAUGAUGGCGAAGAUGCAAACAGGGGAGAUAUACCAGCCAGCAUCUCUCUUUCAGAAAUAGACCCACUUAGCCAAGGAAGUGACAAGCUGCUCUUUAAGACAGACACUGGCAGAUUACAGCUAGGAGAUUCUUCAGUUUCAUACCCAAAUAUUAUACAUGCAGACUCAGAGAAUUUGCCAGAAACUGUAAAAGAAAACUUCCAGGAAGAAACUCCAGAGGCAACUGCAAGUCCUGUAGAAUACCAAGAUAAGCUGUACUUGCACUUAAAAAAGAACCUCAGCAAAGUGAAAGCAUAUGCCAUGGAGAUUGGAAAGAAGAUUCCAGUCCCUGAUCAGUGUACCAUUGAAGACACUGUGAGAAGUUGUGUAGCAAAGUUGUUCUUCACCUGCUCCUUGAAGGGUCAUUACUGCCUAUACAGUAAGUCCAGUUUUAUUCUCAUCAGCCAAGAACCUCAGCCAUGGAUCCAGAUCAUGUUUCUAUUUCAGCAGAGCCUGUUUCCGGAGCCCCUGUCCAUACAGAGUCAUUCUGUGCAAUUCCUCCGAGCCCUGUGGGAGAAGACCCAGACAGGGAAUGCUCACAGCUUUGAAACAGCCAUGAUGGAGUCCAUGUUUCCACAGCAGAAGGAUCUGGACCAGGUACAGCUCCAUCUGGAAGAAGUGAGGUUCUUUGACGUGUUUGGCUUCAGCGAAACAGCAGGAGCAUGGCAAUGCUUCAUGUGCAACAACCCUGAAAAAGCAACUGUCAUAAAUCAAGAUGGCCAGCCUCUUAUAGAAGGAAAACUUAAAGAGAAGCAAGUCAGAUGGAAGUUCAUCAAAAGGUGGAAAACACGUUAUUUUACACUGGCUGGAAAUCAACUUCUGUUUCAAAAAGGAAAGUCUAAAGAUGACCCUGAUGACUGCCCAAUAGAACUCAGCAAAGUACAGAGUGUGAAAGCUGUGGCCAAGAAACGCAGGGACCGCUCUCUCCCGAGGGCUUUCGAAAUCUUCACAGACAAUAAAACCUAUGUCUUUAAGGCCAAGGAUGAGAAGAAUGCAGAAGAAUGGCUCCAGUGCAUCAACGUGGCAGUUGCCCAAGCCAAAGAGAGGGAAAGUAGAGAAGUAACCACAUAUCUGUAGGGAUUUACAAGUCAGCCAUGAAGAUUAUAUACCACAGGCAUUGUAUUAUCAUUGCCAAUGUCAAGAAAAAGAGCUAAAUUUACCAAACUAUGUUGUUUUUUACUAAAUACCGAUGGAAUUGUUGUCCAUUAAGAAGAAGGGACUAAAAUGGCAGGAUUCUUAGUAAAUGUCAUACUCUAACAGCUUUAGUAUUGACUUCAGAAUAUAUCUGAUGCCUACAAAAAAAAAAAAAAAAAGAGCUAGAGAGUAUGCCCUCAGAUGGCAUGGGGCCAGGAAGGGAAAAGUCACUGAUAAAAGAACUUCUGUAGAUAUGUCAUUUAAAACUGUGAGAAAGCAACAUGAAAAGAUGCUUGAACUACCCAUCCUGAGGAAAGAUUAGCACUUCUGAUGAAAAUCACAGUCUGCCAAAGGUAUUAAAA